CAUGCACACUCUCGGUCGUUUACCUUGUCUGUGGCACAAAGCAUCCGAAAAUUCUGUGUGUUUGCAAAAUUACACGUCCAAAAAGAGCCCAUGCAGGAUGAAUACGUCCGAGCUAUGCUGCAGUGUUUCUACAGUAAAGGUAGCCCCAACAGGAGAAACGAUAAAAAGAACUAGUGCAAGGAGUGCGACAGUAGUUCUCGGCCGGAAUGAGUUCAACGACGUCAUCCUCCGUCUCGACAUCAACAAAACGAGCGCCAAGUACCUCAUGCGUGACAUCACCGUCCACAAGCGCUUUAUCAAAGACGGCAAAGCAUGCAUUCAGUUACCAAGCCACAACCUCCAGAUCAUGCUCUCAAACUGCCCCCCACAUCAGCUUGCAGCUUUCUUAAAGUGUCUUGUUGUAAAACGAGAGUGCGCCAAACAACAGAAACCCAUCUCCGGGAGGGCAAGGCUGCUCUCUGAGCUUCCAAGAAAGUUUGAAGAGAUCAGUCCCCUGUGUGAGAAGGAUGUCAAUGCAAUAAACAACGCUCGGGCAAAAGCAGUGGAAGCCAAAGGAACUGCAACAACUCCAGCCGGACCAGGAAAGAGAAAAAGCGUCAAGCGCCCAAGAGACAACAGUGGAGGCCAACAUGCGGAUGAAGUGCCCAAAGCAAAGAAGCUCAACAUCAGCUUGAAUAAGACCCAGUUAAACCCCCAGCAGUCUCGGGUCCUCAAUACAGUGCUAGCUGGUCACAGCGUGUUCUUCACCGGUAGUGCGGGCACGGGUAAAUCAUUUCUACUCAAGAAGAUCAUCGGCGCUCUGCCGCCAGACAGCACCUUUGCCACAGCAAGUACAGGUGUUGCAGCUUGCCAUAUUGGAGGUACCACCCUUCACCAGUUUGCAGGAAUUGGUUCCGGCAACCAUCCCCUACAAAAGUCCAUUGAGCUGGCGUCUCGCCCGGCAAGGAAACAGCAAUGGCGGAAAUGCAAGCACCUCAUCGUGGAUGAGAUAUCUAUGGUUGAUGGGGACCUCUUCACAAAACUUGAGGCAACAGCCAGAGCAGUCAAGUGCAGUGACAAGCCAUUUGGAGGCAUUCAACUCAUCGUCUGCGGAGACUUUCUUCAACUCCCACCGGUCACUAAGACUGGUGAGAAACGGGUAUUCUGCUUCCAGUCUGCAGCAUGGACUCAGUGCAUCCACCUUACAAUGGAACUCACUCAAGUCAAACGCCAAGAUGAUCCCGUCUUCAUCAAUAUCUUGCAGAAUAUACGCAUUGGAAGAUGUCCACAGGAGCUAUGUGAUCGUCUGACUGCUACGGCCAAUCACAUCAUCGAUCGGGAUGGUAUCCUAGCAACUAGGCUGUGUACCCACAAACAGGACGUUGACCUCUUGAAUCAGGUUCACCUCAAGAAACUGACCGGAGAUCCUAGAGUGUUUGAUGCCUGGGACAGCGACCCCAACCUAGUGAGUAUUAUCAACAGUCAGUGUCCAGUCCCUAGGAGUCUUGAGCUUAGGGUUGGAGCCCAGGUCAUGCUGGCCAAGAAUCUUGACGUACAGCAGGGUCUGGUCAACGGAGCUAGAGGGGUGGUAACAGGGUUCGGCGCAGGGGAAACUGGCCUACCCAUAGUGAAGUUUAUGUGCGGCGUUGAGCAGGCCAUACGGAUGGAACGUUGGCCGAUACGAGCCGGUGCUGGUCUGGUACUCAGCCGUCGGCAACUCCCUCUCAAGUUGGCCUGGGCAAUAUCAAUUCACAAAAGCCAGGGAAUGUCCUUAGACUGUGUGGAAAUCUCGCUCGCUCGUGUCUUCGAGUGCGGCCAAGCCUACGUGGCUUUAUCCCGAGCCCGUAAUCUAGAGGGCCUACGCGUCGUUGAUUUUGAUCGGGCCUGCGUGCGCGCCCAUCCGGACGUCGUCAAGUUCCAUCACGUCUUGCGGAGGCAGCAGCGCAUGAUGCAGACUGAGAUCGAAGACUACACACAAGAUAAGGAAAACAUCAGGCCGUAUCUUUAGCAGGGAUUAGUAUUUCAGGUUUUUAUCUGAAUUACAAGAUUUUGAGUCAACCUGAUAAAGAAAAUCAGCUGUUACUUUUCCACGUAGAAAUAAAUGCUGCUCUUCCAUCUAGUGCUGAAGACACUGUUCAUAAAACCUCUGUGAAAUCUAAACUCCAGGGGUAACCAAAAUGUGGAAAUGUCGUUUUGAACAACCUCAUAACAUUUGGGUCCUAGAUUCAAACUUUUUGUUGUUGUCAGCAAUGACUCUCACCCUUGUCGUAGGAAAGCAGCUGUAAAGUGCUUUAUCCAUGGCACCCAGUUUGAUUAACCAGAAAAUAGUCGAUCAGCAAGACUUAGCAAGAAACCGGUUGUGUGGAGUGUACAUUUAUAGUGCAUUAUGAGUGGUUGCCAGAUUACUAUGCAAAAACCCUCUGUGUGCUAAAUACAUGUAUCGUGCAAAGCAACCUCAAUGGAUGAGAAAUAUCAGAAAUUAAAAAAAAAAAUUCUCUGCCUAGUGACAAAAAAGCUAAAUUACUUUUUUCAGAUAAAAAAAAGAUCAUGCUCUUAAAAUUAUUUUUCUAGCGCUGAGGAUAGACGUACUGUUGCUGAUAGCUCCUUGAAAUCCGUUGUUAAGUUGUGGAAA